AUGAAGACUAUUAUCUUGGCCGCCGCUCUGGUCCUCGCCGCCGCCGCCCCUCAGGAGCCUCGGCCAAUCGAGAUCCUCCUUGACGAGCGCGUCCCUCCCGAGGGCGGCGCUUACUCCUUCAAGAUUGAGACCGAGAACGGCAUCGUCCAGAGCGAAGAGGGCGCCCCAGGCCUGGAGGGCCAGACCAACGUUCAGGGUGCCUUCAGCUACCUCCUGGACGACGGCAGCGUUGUUGAAGUGAGGUACAAGGCCGACGAGAACGGAUUCCAGGCCGAGUCCCCUCUGCUGCCUGUCGCCCCCGAAUUCCCACACGAGAUCCCACAGUUCGUGCUCGAUCAGAUCGCCUUCGCCGAGGAGCAGCGUCGUCUGGAGGCCCUCAACCCACAGCCACAGCAACUUCAGUAA